GGGGCCUACACUGGGCUCCGGCUCAGCCCACAGCACUGGGCGGAACUGCAGCGGAGCAGGCUCCUGUAUGAAGUCCUUUCCUCAUAGUCUCAUUUGUCUGCACAAGCUUUAUGGGGAAAGCAGUGCUAUUCCCACUGCUCGGAGAAAGGGUCCGCGGCUAUUACAGAUUCUGUAGACAAUGGGAAGCAAAGGAGUGAUCAUCCUGCCUGGGCUCUUGCUCAUCCUGUCUGUCCUCUACAAUACAGGUCACGGCCUGCAGUGCUACACCUGUCUCAACCCAGGUGGAGAGUGUACUCUCUCCAGAAACUGUACACCUAAUUUUGAUGCCUGUCUCUUUGUCAAAGCCGAGACACGAACAUACUACCAGUGUUGGAAGAUGGAUGAUUGCAACUACCUCACCCUUUCAAAAUACUUAGGAGAGAAGACUCUAGAGUAUCGCUGCUGCCAGAAGAACCUGUGUAACAAAAGUGGUGGGACAGUUAUAACAGGGACCACAAUUCUCCUGGUGACUGAGCUGCUCACAGCAUUCUGGAAAUUUAUCUAAAUCAAUACCAGGAGAGAUUCUCCUAAAUUCCCUAUUUCUGUGUAUUCCUUAUUUCCUUUGCUGCCACAAAAGCUUUAUAUCUUCUAACUGGAUCCUGUUGGGAAAGACUAAAACUAGCUUGAGCAACUGGGAUAAGAGAGAGGGACUCAGAAACAUGAAGACCAGUCCUACUUGCCGAGAAGGCCCACUUGAGGGAAGACGUUUAAGAGUGAAGCACAGAUGAUGUGAGCUAGGUUACAUGCUUCCUCCUCUGCUCAUGGCAGUGACAGCUUGACUAGAUUGUCUGCGACCGUCAUUUACUUCCCCUCAUGCUCCUAGGAUGUAGUUAAAUAGUAUGAUCAGUGCUUUUGGGGGGGAAUGGGGCAGAGGUGUUCUUUUCAACAAUCUCUCUCACAGGGAAUGCUUUCAUCCUCUCCUUUUAUGACCCCUGUGUUGCCACGUAGGCAUGACGAGUGUUCCAGAUGUGGGCUGUCAGGGGCAACAAGAUUUUAAAUGCAGAGUGAUUGGGAUGACUGUUAUAUUCUCAACUAGAAGGUAUCUGGCAGAGUAGGAGGUAAGUUUUCCAGGGAGCAGGGUGUAGAAACACCAGGUCUGUCUUUGGAGAGGUACUAGGGGCUGAAAUCUGAAUUUUCUUCUGUCCCUAAAUUUUGUAUGGGCUUUGCUGUCUUUCUCUAGAAAAACUUAACCACAUAAAUUAAUGGUGUGUUAAAACUAUUCCCCUCCUGCCCUGGCCGGUUUGGUUCAGCGGUUAGAGCAUUGGCCUGCGGUCCAGAGAGACCCGGGUUC